GUCAUGUCCACUUCCGAGGGGGCCGUCUUUGUCGUAGUUGCCGUCUGGUCACCACUUUCGCUUCCAACUGCAUCGGGUCGUCUCGGCCGUGGGCAGAUGAUUUAGGCCGACCUCGCAUUGCCCCCGAGGCCUGUUCCAACCGGACAGGUGGGUCGGCGACACAAGUCGGCCAGUUUUGGCGAAGGGUGUGGACGCAGAGAGUAGGCGAGAUUAGCGAUGCAGUAGGUGUGGUUGGAUCAUUGUGGGCUGUCGAAAAGAUCUCUUUGCCGCUCCGCUCGGCAAUUUAUCUUCUGUCUACCCCUCCCCUGGGAGGUCUGGUGCCUGUUGCCAAGCUUGAACUGGACAGAUGGGCAAGACGACUCUGUCGUCAGGGCGAGUGUGAAAGAGAAGAGAUGUGGCAGAUGAGAUUAAGGCGACACCGAAGGGCGCUGGGACUCUCCUGA